CGGUGACGCCGCCGGGCCGGAGCGGGCCGCGCGGGAGCGCGCGGAGGGAGCAGCGGCGCCGUCGGGUCCCCGUCGGGGCUCCGUGGGUCCCCGACCCGCCCCCGGCCCAGCUAUGGCGGGCGCCAGGCCCGGCGUCCACGCGCUGCAGCUGGAGCCGCCCACCGUCGUGGAGACCCUGCGGCGCGGGAGUAAGUUCAUCAAAUGGGACGAGGAGGCCUCCAGUCAGAACCUGGUAACUCUGCGCGUGGACCCCAGUGGCUUCUUCCUGUACUGGACAGGACCCAACAUGGAGGUGGACACGCUGGAUAUCAGUUCCAUCAGGGACACGAGGACAGGCCGUUAUGCCCGCCUACCCAAGGACCCCAAGAUUCGGGAGGUGUUGGGCUUUGGGGGCCCUGAUGCCCGGUUGGAGGAGAAGUUGAUAACAGUGGUGGCCGGGCCAGACCCGGUGAAUACAUCGUUCUUGAACUUCAUGGCCGUGCAGGAUGACACAGCCAAGGUCUGGUCCGAGGAGCUGUUCAAGCUGGCUAUGAACAUCCUGGCUCAGAACGCCUCCCGGAACACCUUCUUGCGCAAAGCGUACACGAAGCUGAAACUUCAGGUGAACCAGGAUGGACGGAUCCCUGUCAAGAACAUCCUGAAGAUGUUCUCAGCAGACAAGAAGCGGGUAGAAACUGCGCUGGAAUCCUGUGGCCUCAAUUUCAACCGGAGCGAGUCCAUCCGGCCUGACGAGUUUUCCUUGGAAAUCUUUGAGCGGUUCUUGAACAAGCUUUGUCUGCGGCCGGACAUUGACAAGAUCCUGCUGGAGAUAGGCGCCAAGGGCAAACCAUACCUGACGCUGGAGCAGCUCAUGGACUUCAUCAACCAGAAGCAACGGGACCCGAGGCUCAAUGAAGUGCUGUACCCACCUCUGCGGCCCUCCCAGGCCCGGCUGCUUAUCGAGAAGUAUGAGCCCAACCAGCAAUUCCUGGAGAGAGACCAGAUGUCCAUGGAGGGCUUCAGCCGCUACCUGGGAGGUGAGGAGAACGGCAUCCUGCCCCUAGAGGCCCUGGAUCUGAGCGCAGACAUGACCCAGCCGCUCAGUGCCUACUUCAUCAACUCCUCACACAACACCUAUCUCACGGCGGGGCAGCUGGCGGGAACCUCGUCGGUGGAGAUGUACCGGCAGGCACUGCUGUGGGGCUGCCGCUGCGUGGAGCUGGACGUGUGGAAAGGGCGGCCGCCUGAGGAGGAGCCCUUCAUCACCCACGGCUUCACCAUGACCACGGAGGUGCCGCUGCGAGACGUGCUGGAGGCCAUUGCGGAGACCGCCUUCAAGACCUCGCCCUACCCCGUCAUCCUCUCCUUUGAGAACCACGUGGACUCGGCAAAGCAGCAGGCCAAGAUGGCUGAGUACUGCCGCUCCAUCUUUGGGGACGCACUGCUCAUCGAGCCCCUGGACAAGUACCCGCUGGCCCCGGGCGUCCCCCUGCCCAGCCCCCAGGACCUGAUGGGCCGCAUCCUGGUGAAGAACAAGAAGCGGCACCGGCCCAGCACUGGCGUUCCCGACAGCUCCGUGCGCAAGCGGCCGCUAGAGCAGAGCAACUCGGCCCUGAGCGAGAGCUCUGCCGCCACCGAGCCCUCCUCGCCCCAGCUCGGGUCCCCCAGCUCUGACAGCUGCCCAGGCCUGAGCAAUGGGGAGGAGGCGGGCCUUGAGAAGCCCAGCCUGGAGCCUCAGAAGUCUCUGGGUGAGGAGAGUUUGCAGCGGGGCCCUGAUGCUCUUGGAUCUGCCUACCGUGAGGAUGAGGAAGAGGAUGAGGAAGAGGAGGAACAGACGGACCCCAAAAAGCCGACCACCGACGAGGGCACUGCCAGCAGUGAGGUCAAUGCCACUGAGGAAAUGUCGACACUUGUCAACUACAUCGAGCCCGUCAAGUUCAAGUCCUUCGAGGCUGCUCGAAAGAGGAACAAGUGCUUUGAGAUGUCAUCCUUUGUGGAGACCAAGGCCAUGGAGCAACUGACCAAGAGCCCCAUGGAGUUUGUGGAAUACAACAAGCAGCAGCUCAGCCGCAUCUACCCCAAGGGCACACGCGUGGACUCGUCCAACUACAUGCCCCAGCUCUUCUGGAACGUGGGCUGCCAGCUCGUCGCGCUCAACUUCCAGACCCUGGAUGUGGCCAUGCAGCUCAACACGGGCGUGUUCGAGUACAACGGGCGCAGUGGCUACCUACUCAAGCCCGAGUUCAUGCGGCGGCCGGACAAGUCCUUUGACCCCUUCACCGAGGUCAUCGUGGACGGCAUUGUGGCCAAUGCCGUGCGGGUCAAGGUGAUCUCGGGGCAGUUCCUGUCCGACAGGAAGGUGGGCAUCUACGUGGAGGUGGAUAUGUUUGGCCUCCCUGUCGACACGCGGCGCAAGUACCGCACUCGGACCUCUCAGGGGAACUCGUUCAACCCCGUGUGGGAUGAGGAGCCCUUCGACUUCCCCAAGGUGGUGCUGCCCACGCUGGCUUCGCUGCGCAUCGCGGCCUUUGAGGAGGGUGGCAAGUUCGUGGGGCACCGGAUCCUGCCUGUCUCUGCCAUCCGCUCAGGGUACCACUACAUCUGCCUGCGGAACGAGGCCAACCAGCCGCUGUGCCUGCCGGCCCUGCUCAUCUACACUGAGGCCUCUGACUACAUCCCCGAUGACCACCAGGACUACGCAGAGGCCCUGAUCAAUCCCAUCAAGCACGUCAGCCUGAUGGACCAGCGGGCCAAGCAGCUGGCCGCCCUCAUUGGGGAGAGUGAGGCUCAGGCUGGCCCGGAGACAAGCCAGGAGACCCAGUCUCAGCAGCCAGGGUCCCAGCUGACCGCAAACCCCACACCCAGCCCACUGGACACCUCCCCCCGCCGGCCCCCAGGCCCCGUCACCUGCCCCACCAGCACCUCCCUCAGCAGCCCAGGUCAGCGCGAUGACCUCAUUGCCAGCAUCCUCUCAGAGGUGGCCCCGGCCCCGCUGGAUGAGCUCCGAGGCCACAAGGCCCUGGUGAAGCUCCAGAGCCGGCAAGAGCGAGACUUUCGAGAGCUGCACAAGAAGCAUCAGCGGAAGGCGGUUGCCCUCACACGCCGGUUGCUCGACAGCCUGGCCCAGGCCCAGGCCGAGAGCAGGUGCCGGCACCGGCCGGGUGUCCUAGGCGGGGAGGACGAGAGGGAGGAGGAGGAAGAGGUGAAGAGGUAUCAAGAGUUCCAAAAGAAACAGGUGCAGUGCCUGCUGGAGCUAAGGGAGGCCCAGGCGGACACAGAGGCCGAGCGGAGGCUGGAGCACCUGAGACAGGCUCAGCAGAAGCUCAGGGAGAUUGUCAUGGAUGCUCACACCACUCAGUUCAAGAGACUGAAGGAGAUGAACGAGAGGGAGAAGAAGGAACUGCAGAAGAUCCUGGACAGGAAGCGCCACAACAGUAUCUCAGAGGCAAAGACCAGGGAGAAACAUAAGAAGGAGGCGGAACUGACAGAGAUUAACCGUCGGCACAUCACUGAGUCGGUCAACUCCAUCCGUCGGCUGGAGGAGGCCCAGAAGCAGCGGCAGGAACGCCUUGUGGCCAUGCAGCAGCAGAUUCUCCAACAGCUGACAGAAGAGGAGCCCAAGCUGCUGGCCCAGCUGGCCCAGGAGUGUCAGGAGCAGCGGGAGAGGCUGCCCCAGGAGAUCCGCUGGAGCCUGCUGGGCGAGACGCCGGAGGGACUGGGGGACGGGCAUCUGGUGGCCUGUGCCAGCAAUGGUCACGCGCCUGGGAGCAGUGGGCACCUGUCUGGCGCUGAUUCGGAGAGCCAAGAGGAGACUACGAAGCUCUGAACUGGCUGAGCAAGAGGUGGCCACCAGGCCAGGGUGGGCACUGGGAGGAGGGCAGGAGGCUAAGACACUAAAUGCUUUUUUUUAAAAAAAACUUUUUAUCUUUAGAAAUUUUAUUUUUUUAAACUGGGGCGAGCACCCCACACUAACUCCCUUCCUUCACCCUCCUGGGGCCCCUUUAAUCCCCAGUCCCUCCUUCCUGCCCUCAGUCCUAGGGAAGGUGCUGGGUGGGUCACUCUGGGCCAGAAGGACCUCGCCCCCAGGACACCCACACCCUAGAGUGGGACUCAUCUCCCUCACUUCCCCAGGGAACAGUGGGUGGAGACUUCGAGCUCUGGGAAGUUGGGGUCACAUUCUUUCUCUAUCCUUUGGGGAUUUUUUUACAUGAAUAAAAGUGGAUUU